GGACUGGGAUUUCGGGGCGGCGAGAGCUCUUGAUCUCCAGCCGCAGUGGUGCGGGGUUUUCAAGGUCUUCGGCUUCCGCAGCUCGGGGACACACGGCUAGAUUCAUGGACUGUACUAGGAACUACGUGAGGAAACGAGAUGCAGAAAGGAGUCCGAGAAACUGGAGGAGCGUCAGGGACAGGGGCGGAGCCGGUGCUCGGAGAGCCACGCGCUGAGCCGGGGCCCGCCCCUUGUCGAAGUGCGCAUGCUCUGAGCAGGGUCGCGAGAAGGCCAGCUGCCCGAGGCGAGAGGGAGUGGGACAGGAAGCGGUGAAGAGGAAGGACGGAAGCGGAAUUACGUAUAUAGACGUCCGCCCCUAGUUUGCACGCUGCACUUCUGCGCACGCGCGGCCCCUGGUCUCGAGCGGCUCUCGCGCCGGCCUCGCGCUCGCGUUGGUUCGGCCUCCGUCGCCUCCCGCGGGCAGCCAUGGCGGGUAUCCUGUUCGAGGAUAUUUUCGACGUGAAGGAUAUCGAUCCCGAGGGCAAAAAGUUCGACCGAGUGUCCCGGUUGCACUGUGAGAGUGAAUCCUUCAAGAUGGACCUCAUCUUGGACGUUAACAUCCAGAUCUAUCCUGUGGACUUAGGUGACAAGUUCCGGUUGGUGAUAGCUAGCACCUUAUAUGAAGAUGGGACCCUGGACGAUGGGGAGUAUAACCCCACGGACGACCGGCCUUCCAGGGCCGACCAGUUUGAGUACGUGAUGUAUGGAAAGGUGUACAGAAUCGAGGGGGACGAGACCUCCACAGAAGCGGCCACCCGCCUCUCCGCAUACGUGUCUUAUGGGGGCCUGCUCAUGAGACUCCAGGGAGAUGCCAACAACUUGCAUGGCUUUGAAGUGGACUCUCGCGUGUACCUCCUGAUGAAGAAGCUGGCUUUCUGAGCCACGCGGGAGCUCGUGCCGUCCCCUCCUCCCCAUCUGGUGGGCCCGGCCGGGGCUUUGCUCUUCCUAAGUGCGGCUCCGGCGGGAGGAGGAGGGGUGAGGAAGGGCCUCGUUCUCUGGGAGAAAGGUUCUUCCUUCACUUAAUGGACUUGGGGAUCGCUCGUGGUUUGUCAGAACUAAGUGGAAAACUGCCUGCUGACCUUCAUUGGAUCCCCACAGGAAGAGCUCAGGUUGAGCUUUCAGAUACUUUGUGUGCUGGUUCAAUUAAACUGUGAUUUUUUUUUGUA